AUGGAGGUCGCGACGGCCACGGAGGCGUCGGCGCCGGCGGCGAGCGGCGGCGCGGCGCGGCAGACCCACCCGUUCCCGUGGCUAGACGCUGCCAUCUCGGAGCCCUACUACUUCCUGCACCUCCUCGCUUUCUUCUCUUACUUCGCGGCCCGCAGCGCGGCGCUCUCCGCCGACGACGGAGGGGAGCUCCACGACCGCCUCUUCCGUCGGGAGAUCCAGGCAGUGCUCGUGUUCCUCGUGCUCUUCGUAGUGAAGAUUGUGAAAGAGGAAACCUGGGAAACAUUCAUUGCUGACUCAUUGCUUUAUGCAAAGGGUUUAUUGCUGGCAGUUACUUUGGUUAUUGAUUAUUGGCUGGCCUUUGCCUACUUUCUGGGAUUUCUUGUUAUAUAUGCUGUAGCUCAACAGCCACCUUAUGACAGCCUAGGCCAUUCAAAUCACUUGACCCCAUUGCAACUUGAAAGUCUGCUAACUGAAGAGCCAACAUCACGAUUUUGGCUGGUAGAAUUCGAACUUCAUUUUCAUCAAAAUGUAUACAAGCAAGCAGCGUUCUGCCUGAACUUUCUAUUAUGUAAGUAUUUAUUGAAAUUUCUGAUUGUUUACUACCUUGUGGAGUUUCCAUUCUGUGCUGUAAGGUACUCCAACAAGAACAUCUCUUUUGGAAUAAUUGACCUUGGGCAUUUCCCAAAUGCUGCAGCAAAAUUUGGGAUAUCCAUGUGGGAUCAUCUUCCCACUUACAUAUUGUUUGACAAGGUGACUGAAGUUUCUCGGUUUCCAGAAAUCACAAGUGAAUCAAAAGUAUUUGUGCCAAAAGUUACUAAGAAACUUCUUUGCCAGCAUUUUGAUCUUGACAGACGAUUGAUUGGAUACCUAUCUACCUCGGAGGCCGGGGAGGGAGAGUUGAAGAGAGGUUACCUUGCUUGUGUACAGAUGGCGACGGCCAAGGAGGCCGCGGCGGCGGCCAUGGACGCCAGCAAGUACGUGCGGUACACGCCGGAGCAGGUGGAGGUGCUGGAGCGGCUCUACUACGAGUGCCCCAAGCCGAGCUCGCUGCGCCGCCAGCAGCUCGUCCGCGACUGCCCCGUCCUCGCCAGCGUCGACCCCAAGCAGAUCAAAGUCUGGUUCCAGAACCGCAGGUAA